AUGGAGCCUAUAGCAUCACCUCAGGUAUUAGAAGAACAACCGGAGAAGGGUAGUUUACAUAUUUCAAAGGGUGGAGAGCAAAUUUCUUUGUUACCAACAGCAAUUGUUUAUGUUAAGUCUAAGAACGGAACCAUCCCAUUGCGUGCGUUAAUUGACCAGGGUUCACACAUUUCAUUCAUAACGCAAGCAGCGGUUCAGUUACUGGGAAUCAAACGUCAAGCGGUCAAGGGUCAUUUUGCAGGGUUGGGCGGUGAAAUUAACGUGGUUUCAAAAUCCAAAACAGAUCUUGUUUUGCAUUCAUUGCACAAUCCAGACUGCAGCGUCCAAGUAACAGCCUUUGUUUUAGACAAAAUAACGGGAUUUCUACCUCCUCAAAGAGUUUCGGUGGCAUCAUGGCCGAUUUUAAAGGAUAUCAAGUUAGCCGAUCCGAAUUUCCACUCACCUAACAAAAUCGAUUUGUUGUUAGGGUCAGAUGUUUAUGGGAAUAUAUUGAUGGAAGGUAUUCGCAAAUGUUCAUCAGGGUCGUUGUUAGCUCAAGCCACCAUUUUUGGUUGGAUUUUAACCGGGACAAAUCGAUUACAAUCACAUGCUGCAAAUAUAGUUAGCAUGCAUGUUCAAUCGGAUGAUUUUUUGAAAUCAUUUUGGGAAAUCGAAAACGAGCCAAAGUUAAAUCAGAAGAUAAUGUCAGAAGAGGAGAAACGGUGUGAAGAAAUCUAUGCUGCAACUACUACCCGUGAUGAAACUGGACGUUAUAUUGUCAAGUUACCGUUCCGGGAUGAUAAUCCGACUUGUCAAGGUCAGACACGGGAAGCAGCUUUGAGAAGAUUUCUGAAACUAGAACAACAAUUAGCAAGGAAUGAAAACUUAAAAAGGGAAUUUAAACAAACCUUUGAUGAUGUUAAUAAGGAUGAAACAGCUGCACAACUUGAACUACAUUGUUCUUCACUAACGUUGGUUGGCGACUAUGAUAUCACAGGACGUCUUAUAGUUCUAGAUGUAGUAGGACAUGGUGGUUACAACAUUAUUUUAGGAAAAUAUAAAGUAAACAUUGAUGUCGAACUGAAGAAAGCACAAGGGAAGGAUGGGAAAAAUCAUUUGGUAAUCAAAAACUUCAAAAUAAAAUGUGAGGGUUUAUCAGCAAACAAAUACGAAUUUAAAAAUUUAUUCAACGGCCAGAAGGAAUUGUCGGAUGCCGUACAUAAAUUCGCUCAUGAAAACUGGAAAGAAGUUGGCUCGUUUUUGCAGGAACCGGCGUGGACUGCUGCAAUAAAGGAAGUCAUACGCUACAUAAACGAUUAUCUCAAGGGGGUGCCAUUAGAAAAAAUUGUUCUAAAG